AAUGUUGCAGAAAUUUGUAAAUUGGUUUAGAGAGUUAUUUUUUGGAAAAGAGCUUGAGAUUGCUUUGGUUGGUUUAUAAAACGCUGGUAAAACUACUCUGGUUAAUACGAUGGCUACUGGAAAGUUCGAGGAAGACACCAUUCCAACAAUAGGGUUUAAUUUUCGAUCGGUGAAGAAGGGAAAAGUGCAAAUGAAGAUGUGGGAUGUAGGAGGAUAAGCAAGGUUUCGAGAACAAUGGGAAAAAUAUUGCAGAUCAGCUGAUGUCAUCAUUUUUGUAGUGGAUGCACAAGAUUAAGGAAACUUAGAUAUAGCUAGGUAGUAACUUAAUUAGCUAAUCUCUUGGCCUAGUUUAGAGGGGAUCCCUUUAUUGGUAUUAGGAAAUAAAUACGAUCUUUAAGGAUGGUAACAUCUUUAUAGUUAUAUAUAGUAUUACGGAAUAAGAACUUAUUACACAAAUGAACUUAAAUUCAAUAAAAGAUAGAUUGGUUGCAUGUUUUAGUAUUUCAGCCAAAAAAAAUUCAAACAUUGAUGAAAUGUUAAAAUGGCUUUCCAAACUCUAAAGAAAAAAUAAAUGAU